GUUAACCGUUAAUAUGUGACUACACGGCUUCCGUUGUUUGUAAUGGUUGUUGUUUCUCUUUUAAAAAACAUGUAUUUUUUAAUUCAAAGCGUUAUUUUCUGAGUGACCGACACAUUGCCGUUAUUUAAAAUUUGAGGUACAUCCUGCAAGCUGAACCAUGGGUAAAAGAUACUACUGCGACUACUGCGACCGCUCCUUCCAGGACAACAUGCACAACCGGAAGAAACAUCUCAACGGUGUUCAGCACCAAAGAUCUAAAAAAGCCUGGUUUGAUCAUUUUAGAGGUUUUUCAGAUAUUUUAAAAGAUGAACAAGCAAAGAAACCCUGCAGGAAGUUUCUCCAAAGAGGGGUGUGUGACUUUGGGCCGUCCUGCAGGUUUUCACACAUGACCGAGGUGGAUCUUAUGAAUUUACAACAAAAAGUGCAAGAUGAAAGCCGGCGCAGGGAUGGCCUGGAGGACCCUGUGAAGCCCGAGCCCACCGCAGAGGAAUGGCUCAGCAGGAGGGAGAAGAGACAAAGUGGCCUGGCCAGCAAAGGAGAUGGCAGCAGAACAGAAGAGCAAGAGGAAACACACGACGACGUACCUUCACAGCUUUACUCCAUUCCCGACCUGCCGCCUUCCCUGCUGCCGCCCCCACCCGGCGGCUGGAAAGUCCACGUCAACACAGAGUGGGGUUGAACAACAAUGUUUUGCAAUAAAUAUCAUUUUUUUUC